CUAAUAAUUCCUCAUCCACCUGAAUGUUUUUUUUUUUUCCUAAAAAUAUUGAAACUCUUGGCACACCUUCUGCGCUCACAGAGAGAAAGAUGGAAACUAAAUCUGUUGGCCUAUAUUCAACCUGCAGUCCAAGCCUGCAGCUUCUCGUACCUCUUCUUCUUACAUCUCUUCUAUUCGUACCAAACGUCCAAAACUCCUCAGCAGCAGCCAUCACCACCACCAAAACUUCUAAAACCACAUACACUAUGUACCUAAAAACAGCUUGCAAUACCACCAUAUGCCCAAAACUCUGCUACAGCUCUCUGUCUCCCUACACCUCUACCAUCAAAACCAAUGACCUCAGGCUCUGUAAAGCCGCAUUGACCCUGAAAGUUGCCAAAAAAACGUCUGCGCUGAUCAAAACUCCGUCAAGGCAGAAGGGAUUGAGCAAGCCUGAAGUUGGCGUCGUUCAAGAUUGCCAGGAUGAAAUCGGAGACAGCAUUGACGAGCUCAAGCAAGCAUUGCAGGCUUUAGGCAGUCUAAAGGGUACUAAUAAUAAUGUGGAAUUUCAGAUUGCUGACAUAAAAACAUGGGUUAGUGCAGCGAUUACCGAUGAAAGUGGCUGCACGGAUGGAUUCGAUGGCCUGAAAGUAAGCACUACGUUGAAGAACAAGAUCAGGAAUAUUAUAUCCAAAUUUAACGGGCUCACUAGCAAUGCUCUGGCACUCAUUAACAAACUCGAUCAGUGACUUGUUCUAUGUAUUCUUCUUUUUUAUUCUUAGUUUUGAUCCUUUCGUAUGUAUCAAUCAUAUGCGCAGGCCAGAUUCAAUCUUCAAAA